AUGUAUAUGAAAUCUUGCGUUAAAGAAUCUUUUCGCCUUCAUCCUAUAACAGCCUUCAAUGUCCCACAUGUGUGCAUGUAUGAAACUAUGGUGGCUGGCUACUUCAUACCUAAGGGUAGCCACGUUCUCUUGAGCCGCCCAGAUCUCCACCUAUUGUCAUUUAGCAUAGGUCGACGUGGUUGUCCGGCGGUUAACCUAGGAUCCACCAUGCCGGUUAUGUUAUUGGCUAGUCUUCUUCAAGGUUUCACAUGGAGCCCGCCGCCAAAGUCUAGUUGCAUUGAGCUUGUGGAGGCUAUUGAUGAGAUGGUUCUCUCCAAGCCUUUGCAAGGCCACGCUUGGAUGAGAGGUUGUAUGCAUCACUUCAUCCUUAAUAAGUGCAAAGCUAUAUAUGGACAACUAACUAUAUUCAUGCUUUACAUCUAA